AUGACACAGGAGUAUAUCAAAUAUAGUAGUGAUAAAAUUAAAGAGCAAUUCGAGUUGAUUGCGAAGCUCAUGUAGUAAAGACAGUCCUUAGUCACUUAGACCUUGGAUAAAAACUUGGAGUAGCAAAACCAAUUAUUGAGUUCUUAACAACACUGCACAGAAGUGACAAUAAAGAAAUACGAACAAUUCAUGGAGGACUUAAAUUAAUUCGUUAGACAGUUCAAAAACAGAGAGGAAUUGAUGGAAUUGAGAAGGGUUCAUGAUGACUACUACAAGGAAAUGAACGAAUUCAAAACUGCCAUUAUGAAAAGUCUGAAAUUCUACUAGGGGAAAAUAGAUAAGAAGCCAAGGCAGAGGAAGGUCAUUCGUAGUGCAAUCAAUAAGGUGCUUCAGGCAAAGGGGAUUGAUAAGAAUAUAUCAGAGAUGCUAGUGAAAUAUGAAUGCAUGAUAGAGAGAUACGAAGUGGCAAUAGACAAGAAGGACUUGAAAUUGUUUAAACUUGAUCAAGAGUUGGCUAAGUUGAAGAAGGAAUAGGGCACCAUCGAAGAGUAAAAGACUCAAGCCUAAAUACAGGCGGCAAGUGAGAAAAGCAAUACUGAGAAGUGGAAGUAGAGUGAGCAGCAUCUCGUGGAUAAGUUGAAAAAGUAAUAAGAACAAGUAAGUGUAUUGAAUUUCAAUUUGAAUUCGUUUUGCUAGGACUUAUAUAGAAAGUUCACUCCGAAAUUACUAAAAUUGUAUGAAUAUCAAUUAGUGAAUGUACAUUUGAAACAUUUUAGGAAAGAGAUGGCUUAAAGCGUUCUGAUAUCUUAUGAUGGAGAAAUAGCAUUGUCAACUGUGUGUCAGGAAUAAUUAAUUUUGUGGAAGGUGAAUGAAAAUAAAAAUAAAUGGCAAUUCUAAAGUUAAUUAAAGCAGGUUGAUCAAAUUUAAUGCAUGUGUAUUUCUGAUGAGAAGUGUUCAUUUUUUGCUGGAUGUGAAAAUGGAGAAAUAGUGUAUUGGUUGAGAGAUGAUCCAAAAUGGAGACCAAUUACUUAGGCAUAGAGACAUUAGAGGGGAGUGAAUUGUAUUCAAGUGGAUGCUAAGAAUAGACGAAUGGUUUCUGUAAGUGAUGAUUGCACAGCCAAGCUUUGGGUUGAAAAGGCAGAUUAAAUCAAUUGGGAAGUAAAGUACACACUAUUGGGUCACUAGUCUGGAAUUUAAGCGGUUCAAUUUAAUAGAAACUCUAAUGUUAUUGUAAGUGGGGGGUUCGAUCAGAUGAUAGUGUUAUGGAACUUUAGGAAUUAGGAAUGGAGCCAAAAUUAAAUACUGAAGGGACAUAAGGGGAGUAUCACAACCUUAUGUUUUAGCAAAUUGAGAGAUAUUUUAGUUUCUGGUAGUUAGGAUUGCUUUGUUAAAGUGUGGGAAAUGGAGUAGAAUCAAUAGUAUAAAAAGGUCUAGACUUUGGAUGGUCACAAAGCUUCUAUUACUUCGGUGAUAUUUAAUUCGGACUCAUCUAUUUUGGUCACUGGGAGUAAGGAUUGCACCAUCAAGUUUUGGAGGUAGAACAUGUCUAAUAGAUGGGUGAUUCACAGGGAAUUCCAGUAGAAUUAUAUGAUUAGUUAGAUUUCGAUAAGCAACAAUAAUUAAUAGAUAAUUGUGGGUGGUUAUGGAGGGGAGACAAUAUUUUAUAAAUCUCAGGAUUAUUGGGAAUGA